GAGUUGGAUGACGUAUGGCAGAUGAUACUUGGACUGGCGGGCGAACGCCAAACUGCCCUCGAGGAAGAAAAACAGAAGCAGGUGAAAAAUGACGAUAUCCGUCGCAAGUUCGCUGACCAUGCCGGCAGUCUCAAUGCCUGGUUGGAAGAUGCACAGGGACGCCUUAACACUGUGGCCCUUGGCGAUCAAGGUAGCCUGGAAGAUCAGAUCGCCAAACUGACUGCAAUCGAGACAGAAAUGACAGAAAAGCGACCCAGUCUGGUAGAACUCGAGGAGUGUAACCAGGGUCUGAGUGCGUCGCAGUUGGAGGAUCUACGUCGUUGUUUCAAUCACUUUGAUAAGGACAAGAGCGGAAAACUCGACCAGGCUGAGUUCACCUCUCUGCUGGUUUCCAUUGGUCAAACAAUUGGCUCCGACGAGGACAAGCAGAAGUCUGAAUCCGAUGUCAGCAAACUCAUGACACAAUUGGAUCCCAAUCAUUCGGGCUACAUCACCUUUGAUGUGUUCGUGAACUAUAUGACACGCGAGCUGACGGACAUGGACACAGCCGACCAAUUACGUCAGUCCUUCCGCACGCUCUGUGGAGACAAGGCGGAAUACUGUAUAUCGAAAAUGAAACCUCUGGCUGGACCGGAGGGCGACAACGGAGCCUUGAACUUCGAAGACUACGUGCUCGUUAUAUAUGGUAAUAAGUAA